AUGAUUCCUUUCUUCUCUUUCUUUCUUCCAAUCCUCUUUCUCUCUUUCCUGAUCUCGACCCAUCCCGUUAAAGGCCAGAGCUUGAUCAAUGAAACAUGCAAAACGAUCGCACGUCGUGAUCCGAACAUCGGGUACAACUUUUGCACAACUUCCCUGCAAGCAUCACCAACCAGCCAGUGUGCAAGUUUACAAGGGCUCGGUAUGAUCUCGAUCAAACUUCUACGUCACAACAUUACAGAUACUCGUGGUUACAUCAAACACCUGAUGAAAAACAGGAAAUUGGACCCUUAUUCGAAACUAUAUUUGAAGGAUUGUUAUGAACUUUUUUCUGAUGCAAUCUCUUCUGUGAAGCGGGCCAUGAAAUAUUACAACUCGAAACGAUAUGACGAUGCUAAUAUACAAAUAAGUGGUGUAAUGGAUGCUGCUACAACUUGUGAAGAUGGAUUUAGCGAGCGAGAAGGGUUAGUUUCUCCAUUGACAAAGAGAAAUCGUAAUACGUUUCAACUCUCUGCCAUCGUACUCUCUAUUAUGCACGAGAUUAAUAAAGGAUCAAAUGUCUGAUUUUUCAUCAGCAUGCUUAUGAUUGAUUACAUUUUCAUGAUCAUUUAAUUUUCUCGUUUACAUGGGAUUUCCUUGUUUUUAUCUUAAAUAUUAUGAUUGACAGAUAUGAUUAUUUAUUA